UGUUCAUACUACAUCAAUGUGUGUGUGUGUCAUGCUAACACCGGCUGUGUACAUGUGAUAUUGUAGAGUCAAUAACAGUACCUUGUGUAAACACUUUCUUGUCGGAAAUACUCGUGUUUUUUUUUAUGUUCGCCUCAAAGAGGCAGAUUACCGGGACAUUUUAGGAACAGGACACGUGUUUACAUCGCACCAGACACCGGUUAAAAGUGACAAGGUUCCUGGUGACCCGGUUUGGAUGGACCACAGAGGUGAUGCGGACGGAGGGAAGGAGAACGGAGCAGCUCCUAACCACGUGUCGAUUACACCGGAAGGCGAAAACAUGGACACGGGAGAACAUGCUCAGGAACACCAUCAAAUGAAGGAGACGUUAAUCUACAAAAUUCGGGACAACCCUCCCAUGCACCUUACUAUCCUAUUCGCUUUUCAGCAAGCCCUGCUGUCCCUGGCAAACCAGUUAGCGUUAUCCCUCAUGGUGGCACAGGCUGUAUGCGGUGACAAUAGUGCGUGGUUCAAAACCCAGCUACUAAGUUCCACCCUGUUCAUGGACGGCAUUACUACAAUAGCCAUGGUUUUGUUUGGUGCCAGGCUGCCGCUGUUCCAGGGUGCUGCCUUUGAAUAUGUGGUGCCAUUGUUGGCACUCCAAACCCUAGACCCUGACAGGUGCAAUGUCGUGGACACAUCAGAACAGUCCGUUAUGAACGAGGUGACGGGGCAGAACUCCACCGUGUUGGUCAAUAUGACUAUGGAUCUUGACCAGGUCAUCCUGAGAAACACCCAAAGUCUGAUGGGUAGCCUGAUGGCCGCGGGAUUUAUUCACUUUUUAAUAGGAGCCACCGGACUGGUGGGAUUCCUACUGCGGUUUGUGGGUCCAGUGACUAUCGUACCCACCAUACUUCUUAUUGGGCUGUACAUGACCAGGACGGCCGUCAAGUUUAUAGAGGUCCACUGGGGUAUAGGGAUCAUGACUACUGCUAUUUCCUUGCUACUGUCGCUGUAUCUAGGACGGUUUAAACUUCCAAUUCCGGUCUGGACGCGAAAAAGAAGCUGUCACGUGAUACGAUAUCCUCUACAUCAAGUGUUUGCUCUGCUGAUAGGUAUGAUGGUGGGCUGGGCGGUCAGUGGAGUUUUCACAGCAUGCGGACUUUUCAGUGAUGACCCCAAUGACCUCCAGUAUAAGGCCCGUACAGACAUCAACCAUGACAUUGUGACGAACGCUAGCUGGUUCUACUUCCCACACCCAGGACAGUUCGGUCUCCCCGGCUUUAACGUCAGCGUAUUUGCGGGGUUCCUUCUUGCUACACUCAUCUCCGUUCUGGAUUCUAUUGGGGACUAUUACGCAUGCGCGAAGACGUGCAACGCUCCACCUCCUCCUUCACAUGCAAUCAACAGGGGAAUCGCAGUUGAGGGCUUAUGUACGUUCAUAUCGGGGAUAGUAGGGUGUGGUCACGCCACCUCAACGUAUGGAGGCAACGUAGGCGCCAUCGGCAUCACAAAGGUUGGCAGCAGACAGGUUUUCCUCCUUACUGGAAUCAUCUACAUCGCCUUCGGUCUGAUAGGGAAAUUUUCCGCUGUCUUCAUCACCAUUCCGUACCCUGUCCUAGGUGGCGCUCUGGUCGUCAUGUUCGGAAUGUUCAUUGGUGUGGUUUUAUCUAAUCUCCAGUACAUUAGUCUUACGUCCACUCGGAACAUCGCUAUCAUCGGCACCUCCAUAUUGUUUGGUCUAAUGGUACCAUAUUGGGUGGAAAAAAACCCCAAUGGAAUCAACACAGGCCAUUCCGAUACCGACCGUGUGCUGAGAGUGAUCCUUGGUAACGCUAAUUUUGCGGGAGCCGUACUGGCGUGUUUCCUAGACAACACCAUUCCAGCCACCAAAGAAGAGAGGGGAAUCACCGCUUGGCAAAACGUGACAAAGAACAAAUCUAAAGAUGACCCCCACCAAGCCAAGGAGGAGUUGUACGAGGAAUCUAUAGACGUGUACGAACCACUCUUUCCAAAGGCGUGGAGAAAACAUUUCAUUCUCAAAUACAUACCGUUUUUACCGAACCCUGACGAGUAUGAUAUCGUCAGUGAUUGUGCCUGUCCAUCAACUACAUCCUGUACAUGUUCUAGAUUAGAGACGUCUCAAAUAUGAGAUUGCAUUAUGUGUUCAGGGAGUAUAACGUCAUAUCAUCUAACGCCAAACGGUAAUCUUAUUUAAUUAAUUCAUUAAUCAAAAUUUGACAUACAAAAAAAGCCAAAUUUGAUAUACAUAUAACGUCUUAUAUCUAUUAAUUUAUUAAUUCUUAUUUAGGUUAUUUGUAUUUCUGGACAGACAUUAACGUCAAGACAUUUUCUAAUGCAUUAUCUUACUGCCAAACUUCUGAAAUUGUCAAUAUACUUUUGUUAUGAUAUGCUAUGUUGGAUGGGGCCAUUUUACUCGAUUCGACGGCGAGUUGUUAAAGACGGUAUUAAUCAAUGUUUUACCUUGCACACAUUGUAAUACUGGUAGGGAAACGUAGUUCUUAGGGUUUCGUUGUGAUAAUAUGUUUUGUUGUAUUUCUCACAAAGGAACUCCAUGUACCCAUGCUGUCAUCUUCGCUAGCCAAGGAUUCGUGGAGUGUAACGUAAUCAGAAACCUUGGCUAGCCAAGAUGCCAUGCUAUAUGCUGGUUUAUUGCGACGGGUUGACAGUCGCACUCUAGAGAGUAGAUAACAGAGGCAUACACCUCACAAUUUAAAUAAGUUGAUAAUGUUAUUCGAAUGACUAUAUAUUAUAUUUUGAGUGUGAAUUUGUUAAAGUUUCCUAUUAGUAAAUAAGCAUUGACGAUGCACAAUGUAAAAUAAACGGGUUCUGUACGCACUCCGAUAUAAUAGUACUACUAAAUGUGAGACUGGUCUCCGAUGUUAUUAUCUUAAAUAUUCUUUAAUUGUGAUUAAGAAAAUAAAAAAAAACCAAUCGUUAAUAUUACUCAACUGAUUAUUACAAUAUGUUAAGCUUGAUAUUGACAAUUAUUUGUUUGAUUAAUAGUAUGAUACUGCAUGUAAUCAUGUAGUUACCGCAGAUUGUAAUAACUUUUACACAACGUUAUAACAUGUUUAGAUGUUAUAUAGCAUGCCUGGUUGUAAGUUAAGUAAUUAAAUCAUGCUGUGUUGUAUUGACUUUAUUAAGUCAUGCAUGGUUUUAUUGAUGUAUUAACACCAUGCUUGGUUGUAAUUACAUAAUUACAUGAUAUCUGACUGUUUAUACACCAUCCACCAUCCUUGGUUGUAAUUACAUAAUUACACGAAAUUUGGCUGUAAAUACACCAUGCUUGGUUGUAAUUACAUAAUUACACGAUAUUUGGCUGUAAAAACAGUAUGCUUGGUUGUAAUUACGUGAUAUCUGGCUGUAAAUACAGUAUAUGUGGUGGUAAUUACAUAAUAUAUGGCUGUUAAUACACCAUCCUUGGUUGUAAUUACAUAAGUACAUGAUAUAUGGCUGUCAAUACACCAUCCAUCAUCCUUGGUUGUAAUUACAUAAUUACAUGAUAUCUGACUGUUAAUACACCAUCCUUGGUUGUAAUUACAUAAUUACAUGAUAUCUGACUGUUUAUACACAAUCCUUGGUUUUAAUUACAUAAUUACACGAAAUUUGGCUGUAAAUACACCAUGCUUGGUUGUACUUACAUAAGUACACGAUAUUUGGCUGUAAAAACAGUAUGCUUGGUUGUAAUUACGUGAUAUCUGGCUGUAAAUACAGUAUAUUUGGUGGUAAUUACAUAAUUACAUGAUAUAUGGCUGUUAAUACACCAUGCUUGGUUGUAAUUACAUGAUAUCUGACUGUUAGUACACAAUCCUUGGUUGUAAUUACAUAAUUACACGAUAUUUGGCUGUAAAUACACCAUGCUUGGUUGUAAUUACAUAAUUACACGAUAUUUGGCUGUAAAUACACCAUGCUUGGUUGUAAUUACAUAAUUACACGAUAUUUGGCUGUAAAUACACCAUGCUUGGUUGUAAUUACAUAAUUACACGAUAUUUGGCUGUAAAUACACCAUGCUUGGUUGUAAUUACGUAAUAUCUGGCUGUAAAUACAGUAUAUUUGGUGGUAAUUACAUGAUAUCUGACUUAAUACACAAUCCUUGGUUGUAAUUACAUAAUUACAUGAUAUAUGGCUGUUAAUACACCAUCCUUGGUUGUAAUUACAUAAUUACACGAUAUUUGGCUGUAAAUACACCAUGCUUGGCUGUAAUUACAUAAUUACACGAUAUUUGGCUGUAAAAACAGUAUGCUUGGUUGUAAUUACGUGAUAUCUGGCUGUAACUACAGUAUAUUUGGUGGUAAUUACAUAAUUACAUGAUAUAUGGCUGUAAAUACACCAUGCUUGGUUGUAAUUACAUAAUUACAUGAUAUCUUGCUGUUAAUACAGUAUGUUUGUUGUAAUUACACAAUUACUUGACAUCUGGCUGUAAAUACAGUAUAUUUUAUUGAAUUUACACAGUUAAAUCGUAAAGUUAUUGAAGUAUCAUUAUAGGUUGUGUUGGUUGAUGUUACUACAAUAUGUUUAAUUACAUUCAGAUAAUUACGCCAUUCCUGGUUGUGUUAACGUAAAUAUAGUUUAUGUAAUAUGUAUUUUUCUGCUGUACAACCUAGACAUUAUUCUUCUAUACUAAAACUUUUCCUGUUAACGUUUUCGAAUCGGUUUUUUGGGGGGGUUAUCGGUAAUUCUGUCUCAAUAACUGGGAACCAAUUGUGAUCUGAUGUCAAAUUACGGCGGAAAUUCUGACAUUCAUACCACCCGAAACUGGUGGUCAGAGAAACGUUUUCUUUUCUGUUUUGAAUUUAACUAUAGAAAUCGAAAUAAAUCUUUUUAAUAUCUGUAUGAUAUACAACAUAAAUUCCUUGCAAACAUAUUCUCCAAGAUGCCCUGGUCCCGAUUUCAUCAACGUUGACUUAAAGAAAUUCAUGAACUGAAAUAUUUCCAUUGGAAAGCAUUACAGAAUAAUGAAGUACAACAUCUAUGUAACUUACUAUCUAAAUUGCAAAAUUACUGUAAUACGCUUCACAUCAUAAUAUACAGUGUACAAAUCAUAUAUAAACUAUAUAGACUCGAUCAGUUCGAUGAUAAUGUGUUAAGAACGUGUGCGAAUAAGACGUAAACAGGUGAAUUUUAAAUUUGGCCAGGGUUUCCUACUUCUUGGUAACUGUUAAUAAUUAAAUAUAAGCUGUUCCACAAAGUGAAUGCUACCUUUACAAAGCACAGGUUAUCAUAAGUCACAGAACGAGAGUUUGGAAUGCGUAACAAUGAUUCUGUCUUCGAUCGUAGUGAUCGUGACGGCUGAUAGAGAGUGACAAGUUCCUGUCAAUACUCCGGAGCCGUUCCAUUUAUUGCCUAGUACUUCAAAAUAUAUAUGGUGACCUGAAACGCACAGGUAGCCAAUGUAAUGAAUAAAGCACUGGUGUGAUGUGCUCCCUCUUUCGAGUACGGGAAACAAGACGUGCUGCAAUGUUCUGGCCCAUCUGCAGGCGGCUGAUCGGUGCAUCAGAUACACCAAAGUGCAAAGCAUUACUUUAAUGCAAUCGAGAAGUAACAAGCGAAUGUAUCAAUGUGUUGCAUGCAUCUGUGCUAAUGAAGUGCCAGAUACAUCCAAUGUGUCUGAUUUGGUGAUAACAUUCAAGGGGAAAUCUUAGUGACGGAACCUUCCUUGAAUACUGUAAUGCUUUCUUAUUGGAAAUUGAAAGUUAAGGAAUAUUGAUGAAACCGGGGUCUGUGUGAACGAAAGUGUCUUGUAUACCGUUAUAAAUAGUGGAAAGGUGCAUUUCAGUGAUAUAUAUACCACGUUAGGCUGUGUCUUUCAGAAGUACUCCAUGUUUAGAUUGAAUAGUUUUUAACCAAAUGAGAAUAUGCUUAAUUGUAUGUGUGUAAUUAUUUUUAUUAUUCGGAAUACAGUGUAAACAUAAGUAAACGGAAAAAAGAGAUAUGAGGACAAAAGCGUUUAAGAGCGAAGAAUCUCAAUACAGUCAAUACCUACCGAAUGAUUCUCCACUAAAAUACAGAAUACUCAAUAAUUUGUCAAUAGACAAUGCUUAUCUAAUGCUUAUUAUUUUUAUAGUGGGAAUCGCAAUUACGCCCACUCAGUUUAGGAAACAGCUACAGAAGAAGUACAAGUGUGCACUUUUGUUGAAUUUUCUAUCAAUAGCCUUUCAAAGGGUGCUGGUUUUUGCAAUCAAUUAAUGAGGGUAUUCUCAGCUGAUUUUUAGAGAGGUGUUAAACUGGUCAGGAGAGAAGAUGAGUAUACGGUUAUUUAAAUGUAAUAGAGCAGAUUUUUUAUGCGGGUUUGGUGAUCCACCGUGUUUUGUUUAGUUAUAUAAAAUGGGUUCAUUUUCUGUGAGAUCUAAAGUCAAUGUGGAAAAAAGAGGUUCCGUCUGAGAUCCUUGUAUAUCGAAUGAAUUAUAUGAUUAAGGUGAUGGGGUCUGUGAUCCCUGUAAGGUAGCGGAAUGGGUGCUGGAUACAUAUAAAAGGUAUUUGGGUACGCGGUCCUUAUAAAAGGUAAUGGGUUUUGUUAUCCCUGUAACACCAGCUCACAUUCUGUUUACUUUCAUGUUGUUUCAAUCUCUUACGUUUUUUAUUAUUAUAUUAUCAUAUUUGUUUUGUUAAUAUAUUCCUACAUGAUUAGUGCUUGCUUCUCACAUCUAGAUAAGCUAAGUUGGGUUCAAAAACAGUUCAUCUUAAGACGGGUGUAAAUCAAAUACCUGUGUUUUGUUUAUAAAAUCGUUUCAUAAAUGAUUCGGAAGCAUAACAAGAAUCAUUGGAAACUCGUGUUAAAGGCUGUUAUGUUUUAUGGGUAUUAGGCAUACUGAAUUUUGCUUGUUAAAUGUACGAUCGGUAUGAAUUUUUGUUUUAUCUCAAUUUUAAUUGUAUGGUUUGCCAAUAGCGGCGGCAUGUGUAUUAAACGAUGAUUUGAUGAUUUUACAUAACAACUUUAAAUUUCUGACUGCUAUCAGGCGAAUCCCACAUUAUGUGUAUGAAAUACUUCCAUUGUACCCUUCUUGGUCUCUGGGAUGUUUCUAUUGUACCCUUCUUGGUCUCUGGGAUGUUUCCAUUGUACCCUUCUUGGUCUUUGGGAUGUUUCCAUUGUACCCUUCUUGGUCAUUGGGAUGUUUCCAUCGUAUCCUUCCUUGUAUUUUGGAUGUUUCCAUGGUAACCUUUCUGGUCUCUGGAAUGUUUGUUGUUCAGUUAAAACGCGCCAUUCUCGGUAUCCGGAAUAUUUUUGUUAGGAUCUGAUUGGAAUGUUUAUGCUUAUUUGUAUUUUGCUAGAUUUAUCUUGUCCUGUCCACUUUUGGAAUGAUUUUGACUACAAGUUUUACCCUGUUGUAUUAACGCUGUAAUAGUUAUUGUUUUACGUGUAGCAGGAUUAUCUUUUGAUAUUGUCCGCUACUAUGUAAUAGCGAUGUUCUUUACAGGGAAAACUCCAACAGAUAAUUUCAUUAUCAUUUCGCAUGUUGUUCAGUCCUGCUAUGUACACAAAAAUAUAUUGUAGAAUUCUUAUAAAAAAAGUUUCAAGAUCUCAGGAGUUUUAGUUACCUACGUUUUACUAUGUAUGUAGUCGAUUCGAAAAUGGGGACAUUUAUAGGUACUAGAUGGUGAUGACAUCACAGGUGCUAAAUACCAAUUGUAUCUAGUUACGUAUCUCUACCAGAGGCCCGGUCAGUAAAUAUUUCUUUAAAACCUACACGUAGGGACAUUUUUAAAGAGAGAACGUGUGAUACAAGGUAACGGUUAUAAUUGGUUCUUACACAAGUGUGCUCGUGUCUGAUACGGGUGUAAGAGCACGUAAUGAUUUGGAUAUUUGGGUGCUUUGUAUUGUUAAACAAAUGUUGUAAUUUAUUACUGAAUCUCUCUCUUAUUUAAAUCGUUAUUAUUAAUGUAAUUGUUUUAAAUGUGAACUCAUGUUUUAUAUUUAAUCUUGAUAUAGUGUAUUACACACUAAUGAUACAUUGUUUUAGCUUGAUAAUUUUCUGGAAUGGGAACAAUUUAAUUAAUGUUUCUUUGUAUUUUAAAUUAAAGAUUGACAAUUUUGUGUGUUAAAAAAGUGAUGUACGCAUAAAAAUGUCUUAAAUUCUAGAUUGUAUUUGGCAAAAUGUUAUAAUAAACUAGAAGCAAACUAUACCUCGUUGGCGUGCGUAAGCACCACAUUACGUCGGCUACUUUUGGUACUGAGCGUCGCUCACUAACAUAACUGUUUGUCUCCUCCUAGCGUCGCUCACAAAUAUUACUGUUUGUCUCCUCCUAGCGUCGCUCACAAAUAUUGCUGUUUCUCUCCUCCUAGCGUCGCUCACAAAUAUUACCGUUUCGCUCCUAGCAUCGCUCACAAAUAUUACUGUUUCUCUCAACCAGGCGUCGCUAAAACAAAAUAGUACUGUUUCUCUCUUCCGGGCGUCGCUCACGAAUAUAACUGUUUCUUUUCACCAGGCGUCGUUCAUAAAUAUUACUAUUUCUCUCAACCAGGCGUUACUCACAAAUAUUAUUGUUUCUCUCAACCAGGCGUCGCUCAAAAAAUGUUACUGUUUCUCUCUUCCAGGCGUCGCUCACAAAUAUAACUGUUUCUUUCCACCAGGCGUCGCUCACAAAUAUUUCGUGUUUCUUUCCACCAGACGUCGCUCACGGUUAUAGUAAGUAAAACCAGUCGGAAAUUACAAAACAAAAAGAUAUGACUUCCGUUUUAUCGAUGGCGUAAUUGUUAUAGCAGUCCGCAUCAUUCCAGAGAGAUGUACAAUAUCAACGAUGAAGGCAUUUCGAUUGUGCAGUAAAAUUGGAGGUGUGAAUAAUUGUGGAUAUACCGUUAUUGUCAAUAUUGUAAGUGUAAUUGCCAAUGUUUGUAUGAAAUUGACUGUAUUUGUAGGUAUACUGUAAUUGCCUAUAUUGUACUUGUAAGUAUAAUUACAAAACUUUGUGUGUAUAACUUCCAUUUUUUGUGUAGGAAAACAAAAAUUGUUAGAUUUUAUUUUACUUUGAUGUCAAACAGAAUUCAGUUUUCAAGAGAUAUGGAUAUAUACAUAACAUUAAUGCUAUCAUCGGCUAAUAAACCAAAUGCUGAUUUCGUGCAAUUUGUAAACUUCCAAUCCUUCAUACACACAAUGACAUAUAUUUUAUCUGUUACAAAUGAUCGCUGGUGGGUUGUCUUUAUAAUGGUUCACUGUCAACAAGGCGAAAUAAUCUGCAAUAUUGUUAAUAUUUCGCAUAUCAAGAAAAUGUUCACUAAUCGAAUAGCAGCAGUUUCUAGUGUGUUACAAAUCAGUCUUGUUGAAUACACGAUGUACUUUUUUUAAUGUGUACACAACUGUCUCUCAAUGACGUUUUAUUGAUAUUCUAAGCUUUAAAGGAUGCUUGUGAAUGGUGCAAAACCUUACGAAUGGUGUUUCAAAUCAAAGCAAUAAACCAGAAAACGUGUCUGUUGUGAUGAACAUAUGGUACGUGGCGCUCAUCAAUGUAAAUUGAGCUUUAAUGUAUAAAUGGUGUGAAAUGUCUAAAACUGAUAGGAUAUUAAAAUGAAACGAGGAUAUUAAAAUGAAACGAUAGCCUUCA